UUUCAUUAGAGCACUGGUCUACGUAGGAAACCAUCGGCUCAGGAUUUUAUUAGCUUCUUUGGUAUUUCUACAACUAGCAGAAGAGAAAAAUGGCCGAGUUUCUUCUUGGAAAUUUCACAAAAUUCAUGUUAUUCACUGCUCUAAUUUCAUUAACAUGGUUCAUUACUAGAGGGGCGUGUUGUCCAUCUCAUUCAACUCAUCGUGGAAAUGUGACGCUGGAUUUUGAUGUGGAAAUUGGAUCACCUAUGGCAGUACGGUGUUCUAUAUUUCAUAAUCGUAUAAAGAUAAGACACUUGACUUAUAAUGUGUCAUCUUCAAAUUUGAUAAUAAAAUUUGACGAUCGUGUACUAGUUAACGUGACCAUUUUAGACGAACAUACCAUCGAAUACAGCAAGCAAAAUGCCACUGUUAAUGACACAGGAUGUUAUUACUGUUUUGUAUCAAUUCCAGAAGCAAGAACAAGGAGAUUCGUAGGUUUUACAUACGUUAGUGUUGGCUCCAGACCGAGUGCUCCAUUAAAUGCGUCUUUCACCAAUGUUAUGGCGACUUCUUUGAUUCUUCAUUGGAGUCCUCCUGAAGAUGUGAAUUAUAACGAAUUUCAACCCCUUCUGACGUAUUCCAUCAGGUAUCGCACUGUGUAUGAUUAUCCAACAUUAUUUCAGGAAAUGGUGCUAUCUUUUACGAAUGGAGGCUCUGCAGCGAUUCAAGGUUUGAUACCGUACACAGAAUAUCAAUUUAACAUUCGCUGCAAAUACAAUGAUUCAGUCGGUGACAUGUGGAGCCCUUCUUUGAAAACUUAUGCUAUAACACGAUCUGAUGUUCCCUACUUGGCAGCGGAAAUUACAAAUUCUUCAUUUGUUAUCGAACCAGUUGAAGGCAAAACUAACUCUUCUGUCGGUAGAACCAUAACCCUAUACUGGAAAGCCAUACCAGAGGCACACGAAAAUGGAGCAGAAUUUUGUUAUAUUCUUCACGUUCACCAACUCUUUAGAACAAAUGAAGAGAAAGAAGCUCUUAUUGGCAAUGAAACAUUUCACUCUGUUAACGUCCGCAAAGAAACAAAGCACAGUUUUCGAGACAUGGGACUAAAUUCAUCCUAUAAAUUUGAAAUACAUACCAGGAACAGAGUUGGUUAUUCGCUUAACUCUUCAUUUAUAAUUAUUGAACCAGAUAAAUUGCUUGAUGGGCCUGAAGAAAUCAUUGUCAUGUCCAGUAAAUAUUACUUCACCAUUUCCUGGAAGGUUGUUAAGAAUCAAGUCAAGUAUACUUUAUUCUGGUGUAAAAGUUUUGAGCCACGACCUGUGAACUGCGAAGACUCUUUGCAAUGGGUGCAUCUGUCGAGCAAUUCUUACUUUCUGCCUGUGUUUGAUGCUCUCAAUUACCAAUUUGCGGUAUCAACAAAUUCGGAAAAUCGGACGUCUGGAAUGCACUGGGCUUCUUGCAAUAUUUCUAGGAAUAGCAGCUAUUCGAAUUCGUAUUUAUGGGAAGUUUGCAGCAACUUCAUAUUUUACGCGUCGUCCAUGGGUACCAAUUUCGGUAUUUUGUACGUAUAAGCAAAAUGCAUGUGUACUGUGAAUGAGACUUGAUUCCGGUUAGAGUUGAAAUGUCAGUUUCAAGUUAUAAGAGAAGUGUUUUUUAAUAACGGGUACGUUAAAUUCUCUGACUCUAAACCUCCUUCAUAAGUCUGCUGUUAGACACAUUUAGACUCUUACUUUUAAGCUGACUCAUAAGUCCUCUAUCAAAUGCUUUUUUAAUUGCUGCAAAGGUUCGCUUUUGCGAAACAUUUUAAUGUAAUAUACAGGCAACUUUAUCUGCUCCUCAUUUUAUUGUAAUGUCGUCGGAUUUUUUUAAGUAGUUAACUUCACAGUUUCCUUAAUAUGUGUAGAAGCCAUAUCAGGUUUUAUAUUCCAUUAAAUGUACCGUCUUUAUUUUUAAUAAACCAAUUUUUAAUACACCAA